AUGACCCAACUCCAAGACGACCUCCUCGUCGAAAUUCUGGCCCGCCUCCCGGACGCCAGGUCCGCCUUCCGAUGCCGAUCCGUCUGCAAGCGGUGGCGCUCGCUCAUCUCAGAUCCCCUGUUCCGCCGGCGCUUCGUUUCCCAUAAACAGAGCAGCGGCGGAGAACAAUCUCUUGUGCUGUCGUCUCACGACGCUCAGUCCGUCACGAUGAGCUUUCUCCCCGUGCCCGACGACCUACGGCCAUACUUCUCUGUUCUGAGCUCGUGCGAGGAUCUGGUUUUGUGUGGGUUUGAUGUCUCGAAGAAGAGUGUGAGGAGGACGUUCUUCGUCUGCAAUCCGUUUACGAAGCAAUGGGUCGCUCUCCCUCUAGCGCCUGCUGCUGAUAGGCAGGCGGAGAAGGAUUGUCCUCUCUCGACGGUAAUAGUUUGCCAGUCCGACGGCAAAGGCCGAGCCUUGAUCGAUCGAUUUCGCGUCGUGUGUUUUUCUGGAUCGGGUCACGCUCCAGAUGUGGACUUGUUCUGUUCGGAGUCUGGGGAAUGGGCGAAAUAUGCUCUUGAUCCGAAUCGCUGCUUGAAAAACAAAAGGUUGCAAUUGAGAGAGCAGUUGCUUGCGUUUAACGCAGAAUGGUUCUUAACAACGGCGUGGUUCAAUGGCAAGUUGCACUGGCAAACCAUUGUUGGGCACAAAAUUGCUGUGUGGGAUCCUUUUCGCCCCGAGUCACCACCAACGUUUAUCUAUGGUGAACUUGUCGACCUAGACCAGGUUUGGAUCUCGCAAGGUGCUUUGUACAUGGUUAAUUUUACACAGUUCUUGUACGUCUGGAGGUUGGAGGAACGAGACGGUGACAUCACAGGGAGGAAGCUAUACGCGUCGGUGCUUCUGAAGGCGUGCAAGUUUGUAGGAUCAAACAGCGAGAAGUAUUCUCAUUUGAAGUGGAAGCUGCAUGGCGUAUGUGCUCUGCAUCCGAAUGACCCGGACAUCGUCUUCUUAGAAUUUUAUCAUCGCGAGUUAUGCACACGACGCCAGUUAUGCACACGACGCGAGUUAUGCACACACCGUGUUUUGUUCUCGCUGAAUAUCAGAACGUGUGGGAAACAUAAUUAUUAG